UUACGUAAAUUAGUACUAUUACUUUACUCCUUAGGGCUGAGAAGAAAUCCGUACACUCAUUGCUCGAUACUAGUAUAUCAGCUUUGGUCGGGUUCCUGACUUCUACGUUUUUCCCGGUCGGCGAUUUUCCAGCGUCGCACGUGGCGGCGGAGCUACAGUGGCAGCUCUGACGGAAACCCUAACGUAUAGUAUAAUCGGGUCGAAAAUUGGACUGAUUUUAGGCCGCAGUAUCAAAUGAGGGCCCGGUUGAUUGGAUGACCACCGCUCUCCCGAUCUACAGAUUCUAAAAUCUUCAUUGAUGGCUGAAAUAAAAGAACGCUUGCUUCCACCAAAACCUGCAUCAGCAGCAAAUCUUAGAGAAGUAUCUUAUAGGCCGCCUACCUCUGGUCGUCAACCUUUUCAAGGUAUAGAUGUCUUGGGCCUUAAGAAGCGAGGUCAAGGUCUUCGAUCAUGGAUUCGGGUUGAUACAUCUGGCAAUUCCCAGGUCAUUGAAGUUGACAAGUUCACUAUGAUGCGUCGUUGCGAUCUUCCAGCUCGUGAUCUACGUCUAUUAGAUCCAUUGUUUGUUUAUCCAUCAACAAUCCUUGGCAGGGAGAAGGCAAUUGUUGUAAAUCUUGAGCAGAUUCGAUGUAUCAUUACAGCUGAUGAGGUUCUCCUAUUAAAUUCUCUCGACAGCUAUGUCCUGCAGUAUGUUGUGGAGCUGCAGCGGCGGUUGCAAGCUGCAGGAGCAGGUGAGGUUUGGCAGUCAGAAGGUGAGUUGAGCAGAAGAAGAGGAGGCAGGAAUAUUGAGAAUAUGUUUGGCAAUCCGUCACCGGAUUAUUUGCCCUUUGAAUUCCGUGCUCUUGAAGUUGCACUGGAGGCAGCUUGUACUUUUCUUGAUUCUCAGGCAGCAGAACUAGAGAUUGAAGCAUACCCAUUGUUGGAUGAACUUACAUCUAAAAUUAGUACCUUGAAUUUGGAACGAGUUCGUAGAUUGAAAAGCAGGCUUGUUGCUUUGACUCGUAGAGUUCAGAAGGUUAGAGAUGAGAUAGAGCAGCUUAUGGAUGAUGAUGGGGACAUGGCUGAGAUGUAUCUCACUGAGAAGAAAAGGCGGAUGGAAUUGUCUUGCUAUGGAGAUCAAUCGUUGCUUGGCUACCGGUCAACUGAUGGUGCGUUGUCUUUGUCUGCUCCAGUUUCCCCUGUUUCUUCACCCCCUGAGAGCAGGAGGCUUGAAAAAAGCUUGAGCAUAGCAAGAAGCAGGCAUGAAAGCAUGAGAAGUUCGGAAAGUGGAACUGAAACUCAGAGUAUAGAAGAGCUGGAGAUGCUCUUGGAGGCUUAUUUUGUUGUCAUUGACAGCACCCUCAACAAGUUGACAUCGUUGAAGGAGUAUAUUGAUGAUACCGAAGAUUUCAUCAACAUUCAACUGGAUAAUGUCCGGAAUCAGCUUAUUCAAUUUGAGUUGCUACUUACAACUGCAACCUUUGUGGUUGCCAUCUUUGGGGUUGUGGCAGGAAUUUUUGGGAUGAAUUUUGAAGUACCCAUGUUUAAUGACCCAAAUGCAUUUAAAUGGGUCUUAAUAAUUACAGGUGUAACUGGAGCAGUGAUAUUCUUUGCAUUUUUAUGGUUCUUCAAAUAUAGAAGAUUGAUGCCACUGUAGAUGCUCGAGAACACAGCCAAUUGAGAAUACACCCAGUGCAAGUAAAGAGGACUGCCUGCUGGUGAUAUUCGAAGCCAUUUGACAGUGGAUCCUAUUUAUGGAAUAAAUACACGAGCCUAUGAGAAAUAAGUGUUUCAGAGAAGACCAGUAUCUGUCGAUGCUAUGUACCAGAAAAGCUGAUGGAUCUACUGAAUUAUGUGGUAUC